GUUUGGAUUCCUUCGCUUUCUGAGUUUCUCUGGUUUCUGCUGCGGGUACCAGCACAGAGCUGAGCUGGACUGGGAUUCACCCUCAUCUCAGCAUCUCUCCACACUAGCAGAUAAAUAGGAAGAAGAUAGUUUUUCUCCCCCUCUUGCUCUUGCAACCCCUACUUGCAAAGUUCACUCCUCUUUUUGCUGCUGCAGCAUCUGAGGUGCGCCACUAAAGUUACCUGCGUCCCGGAUGGAGCUCUGACUUCUUAUUUCUUACUUCUCCAAGUCACGCUGGAUAUUGUGGAUAGUGGCAGACUGAGGACGCUCUUUUAGGGCAAAUGCCACUGCGAUGCUGUGGAUGUGACUUCAAACAACAGCUUCACAACGGUACAGUCCUGUAAGCCACAAUGAAAGACGACUUUGCUGAUGAGGAGGAGGUGCAGUCCUUCGGUUAUAAGAGGUUUGGAAUUCAGGAGGGUACGGAGUGCACCAAGUGUAAAAAUGACUGGGCACUGCGGGCGGCUAUUGUAAUGCUCUACGUGCUCUGUGCUCUGCUCACCAUAGCAGUGGCCGUCCUCGGAUACAAAGUGGUCCAAAGAAUGGAUAAUGUCACAGAGGGCAUGCAGAAUUAUGGAGGCAAGAUUAAUGCUGUGGAGACAGACUUAAAGAAGCUAGAUGAUCAGGCAGACAAGAAGUCGGUUAAUGCCACAAGUGACAUCAAGACUUUCAAGUCAGAUCUGGAGGAAUUACAGAGCAAACUGAAUGAUAUCGCCCUCAGGGCAACCAGAAACAGAGACAUGCUGGAUGAGCUUCAGAUCACAGGAGACGACAUGCACAACAGCCACGUCUCCCUGCAGAGUUUUAUGCAAGGCAACGAGGCCUCGCUGCAUGGGGUCAACCAGACCUUGACCUCCUACGGGGACAUGAUUGACGACCUCCAGGAGGACACUGCGCGGCUCCAGUCAGAGAUACAGGGCCAGGUCAAAGUGCAGAGCCAGACCCAGGUUAGUGUCAGCGCACUGAACAUCACCCAGGCCCAGCAGCGCAAUCUGCUCAGCACGCUGCAGAAAACAGUGGAAGACGCAGGCCAGGCGGUGCAGAAACUAAAGAAUGACUAUCAGGGUCUGCAGCAGACAGCCAGGCAGACACGGGCUGACACCGAGUGGCUGAAGGAGAAGGUCCAGAACCUCCAGGUUUUGGCGGCCAAUAACUCGGCUCUGGCCCGUUCCAACGGAGAAGCUUUGGAUGACUUGGGGGCUCAGCUCAGCACGCUAGCCAGCCAGAUCCAGAACACCUCGGCUCUCAACGAGGAGCACGGCCAGAACCUGCACGAGCUGAUGGACCACCAGAGAGACCACGAUAACGCCACCUCGUCUAAGUUCGAUGAGCUGGAAGCACGAUUAGACAGACAGGAGAACGACAUGGACCGCGUGACCGGAAACGUGAGCUUCUCCACGCAGCUGCUCGGAGCCAUCAGCUCCGACCUGAACGGCCUGAGGUCCUGCGCUGAGACCGUGAUGCGACAUUCAGACCUGAUACUGGGGCUGAAUACUAGCGUGACAGAGGCCAGCGCAGAUAGCAAAGAGCUGCGUGCACAGCAAGAUGAUCUGUCAGCCAGGCUGGACAAAGAGGUCAACAGCCUCUCGAUGGUGAUGGAGGAGAUGAAGCUGGUGGACAGCAAGCACACACAGCUCAUCACCAACUUCACCAUCCUGCAGGGUCCACCAGGUCCAAAAGGGCCAAAGGGUGACAAGGGUCCCCAGGGGCCCGUGGGACAGUCUGGACAAAAAGGUGAAAAAGGAGACAAAGGGGUGGUGGGGGUCGCGGGGCUUAAAGGAGAGAAAGGUGCUGCUGGACCACCAGGUGGCCCAGGUCCAAAGGGUGCCAAUGGGCCACGGGGUGUUCCAGGGGCUAAGGGAUCCAGAGGGUCUGGAGGUCGACCCGGAAACCCAGGUGAAAAAGGUGACGCUGGGAUUCAGGGACUUCCUGGUAGGGAUGGACUGUCAGGAUUGCCAGGACCACAAGGGCCACAGGGGCCCAGGGGAGCCGCAGGACCUGCAGGACUUGAGGGGCCACGUGGGCCAGUUGGUCCCAUCGGCCCUCCCGGUCCUCCAGGGCUACCAGGGCUACCUGCGCCAGUGCCUCCACUUUCAAAACCUCCCAAGCCAACUCAGCGGCCUCAGGUCGGUCAGGUCCCUGUAAGCUCAAAGCCACCUCAACCCCCAAAACCACCUCAACCCCCCAAACCACCUCAACCCCCCAAACCACCUCAACCCCCCAAACCAACUCAACCCUCCAAACCACCUCAACCCUCCAAACCAGCAGAGGAACCACAAGGCUCUGUGUCCCGACAGAUCCAGCCCCCUGUUGCCACUACUCCAGCUCCUGGUUGCCCACCGCAGUUCAGAAGGUUUGCUGACAGCUGUUAUUACUUCUCAUCUGGUCCUCAGAGGCUCAACUUUGACGAGUCCAGCAAGUUUUGUGCUAACAUGUCAUCUCACAUGCUCAUUAUUAACAACAAUGAGGAACAGCAAUUUGUGAGAAAUGCAAUUGAUGGAAAAGGUUAUUUCUGGCUGGGCCUUACUGACAAGGAGGAGGAAAAUGUCUGGAAAUGGGUGGAUGGGACCUUACCUGUUUUCAAGAAGUGGAAACCCGGCCAGCCUGAUAACUGGACCCACGGCCACGAAGACGGCGAGGACUGUGCUGGUGCUAAUAGGGAAAGAAAAUAACAGGGGGAAGGCGAAUUCUGUUGUUGUCGACACACAGCGAUGCCUCUCUUCACGACCAACCCAUUCGACCAAGAUGUUGAGAAAGCAACCAGUGAGAUGAACACAGCUGAGGACUGGGGCCUCAUUCUGGACAUAUGUGAUAAGAUAGGACAGUCACGCACUGGGCCUAAAGAAUGUCUCCGCUCUAUAAUGAGAAGAGUGAACCACAAGGAUCCUCAUGUGGCCAUGCAGGCACUGACUCUCCUUGGUGCUUGUGUCUCAAACUGUGGGAAGAUAUUCCACUUGGAGGUGUGCUCCAGAGAGUUUGCCAGUGAAGUCAGUAACGUCUUAAACAAGGGCCACCCCAAAGUGUGUGAGAAGCUGAAAGCCUUGAUGGUGGAGUGGGCAGAAGACUUCCGCAACGAUCCCCAACUUAGUCUGAUCUCAGCUAUGAUCAAGAAUCUACGCGAGCAGGGUGUCACUUUCCCAGCUGUCGGGUCGCAGGCUGCAGAGCAAGCAAAGGCAAGCCCUGCUUUGGUGGCAAAGGAUCCCUCGACCUCAACAAACAAAAAAGAAGAAGAAGACUUGGCCAAAGCUAUUGAGCUGUCACUAAAGGAGCAGCGUCAGCAGCCGCAGACAUCCCUGUCGAGCCUUUACCCAAACACCUCCAGCCUGCUCUCCUCACACAAGUCUGACGGCAGGAAAGUCCGCGCCAUCUACGACUUCGAGGCUGCUGAGGACAAUGAGCUCACCUUCAAGUCAGGAGAAAUCAUCACUAUCCUGGACGACAGUGACCCCAACUGGUGGAAAGGGGAAACAUACCAGGGUGUGGGCUUGUUCCCCUCUAACUUUGUCACAGCUGACCUCACUGCAGAGCCGGAGAUGAUGAAGACAGAGAAGAAGACCGUACAGUUCAGUGAGGACAUCCAGGUGGAGACCAUAGAGCCUGAGCAGGAGCCCGUUUUUAUAGAUGAAGACAAAAUGGACCAGCUACUGCAGAUGAUCCAGAGUGCAGAUCCCACAGACAACCAGUCAGACAGCGUUGAGCUACUACAGUUGGAAGGUGCCUGCAAUCAAAUGGGACCUCUGAUUGACCAGAAGUUGGAGGAUAUAGACCGGAAGCACUCAGAGUUGUCAGACCUGAACGUGAAGGUGAUGGAAGCUCUGUCUUUGUAUGCCAAGCUAAUGAAUGAAGAUCCAGUCUACGCCAUGUAUGCCAAGCUGCAGAGCCAACAGUAUUACAUGCAACAACCUGCCAACGCAGCACAGCAGCAGGUCUACCCUGGUCAGCCUCCAUCAGGUUCAUAUGCCAUGAGCGGUACUGCAGUGCAGGGUUACACUGUUCCAAUGGAGCAGCUUCCAGCUGGAGCCCCCAUACCUGGUCAGCCACCUCCCAGUGACGUUCAUAUGUACAUGGGCCAGCCACCAGUCUACACUGCAGCUCCAGGCAGCAUGGUCCCAGCAGACCUCCAGUCCUACCAGAACCCAGCCCCCGGCCCCGCCCAAGGGAUGACGCAGACGCCAAACUACAGCACCGCCUCCGGGCCGAGCAUAGCACCUUCCUCAGACGCCUCACAGGCCCAGUAUUCAGAGAAAGCCUUGCUAUAGGGCCCCCUGAGCUCACUCACGCAUACACAUGCACCAGACCUGAUCAAAUAGUUGUCGUAGAUUGUUUCUUUUAUUAUAUUUUAUAAUUUGUUUAAUCCUGGAACAACAGACGGAUAAAAAAAAUUCAAAUAGAGUAGACUAAUCUCAACAUAUGGCACGCUCUGCGUUGAUUUAUCCGGCAGAUAAAUAUACAGUUAUACUUCUCACUGCAGGUUUUGAAGUGAUCAUGAGGGUUUGAUUUGAAGACCCACACAUGGUAUGAAAACGGACACACUGUGCUCUUUUAAUGCUCUUUAUUCUGCAUUUCACUCUCCUUCUCUAUGUCUUUACAUCACCCAGAUGAGACAACACAGAGGAGCUUUCAGUUGCACUUUCACCUUCAGUUGCACAAGUUUUGGUCAUCAAUCAAGCCUGAUCACUUCCAAAUCUAGACCUGAUGGCAAUAUAUGCAUUGUCAAUUUUUAUGUACAAGACCUGACAUUUAUUGCUUCCUUUUUUUUGAUAGGACUAUUGGCAAAAUUGUGGUAAUGUUUUAUUUUAUUGGUCUGAACUACAUGCGAAGUUAUUUUAGCUUGACUUUUUCUUCAACAAUUGAUGAGAAAUAAUCUUCAACAUCUCUUCAAACCCAAGUAAAUAUUUAUUCAUUAGUCUUAUCAUUGGAUCACCUAUUCUGCAUACUGUAUAUAUUUCUGAUUGUUCAGUUGAUCAAUUCAACUUUAUUUUAGAUUAUAGUAGGUUCAUAUUACUUAAAUGGACAGUUCACACCAAACUCAAAAAUACAUAUUUUCCCUCUUUAUCAAUCUACGUUGAUGGAAACUUUCUGCAACUAUCAACAAUUUACGAACCUGUAAAGUAAAGCAUUACCAAAAUUGACAUGAGGUGUAACUGUAGCCACUUCAACCUAACCACAAAAUAUAUAUGCAAUUACUAUUUGAUCAAGUGUGAAAAACACACAGACAUUCCUUUACACUAACCUGCAACAUGCACACAGGAGCUGCACACACACACACACACACACGCACACAAUAAAAAAACCCAGCAGCAGACAGUUGGUUCACACAUCCUCAACAGUGUAUGAUACUUUACCUUCACUCACACACUAACAUGCCACACCCUUUUCACUUACUUAAAGCAACUGCAGUGCUAAUCGUGUCACAAAAAGGGGCGUCAACUUACACACACCUUUUUUUUUCUUUUUUUUUUUAUUGGAAGAAGGACUUUUAGCGAUGCAGAAAACGUUAGGAUGCUCCAUUCUGUAUAUGUCGUCAACUUUUAGAAGUACUGAAAACUGAAGCCACUUUGUUUCUUUAGGAGGGAAUUGAAGCAUGCACAAGACUCUUGUAUAUACUGUACUGAACUAAGUCGUAAAGCCUCAUGAUGACCUCAUGGGUGGGCUGUUUGUUAGCACAGCUCCGGGUGGUUCUCUCAGCCUUAAAGGUGAACUCUGCAGUCAUGAUGUCCCCGCUGAACUAAAGGUGUGAAAGCCAAAGAGAACAAAGUGGGGGUGGAAAACGCUAGAUAUUUUUCUUUUCUUUUUAUUUGACUCUUAACUUCAUACUGCAGAGUUUUCCUUUUCAAAACGAGCAGCUCUACAUCGUCGUUGAUGGAUGUCGGGUUGGCUCUGUCUCCAUUUCGGGGCUGUACUAACAGACUGAAGACUUGGAUACUCCAAGGGGCGACUGCUCUGAACCGCCCCAGUGUCUUUAAAGCAUCUCUUUAGUCAGUGUUAAAAAAAUGAUGAUUUUUUUGUAGUGCAUUUUAAUUUAUGUUUUGAUUAUUGUUAUGCUAUUUUAAAUGGAGAAGCAGUGCAGGAUGUAUGUAUUCAGAGAAAAGUGGAAUAUGUGAUAUUCCGCCAAACUUAGUUGUAUAUUUAAAUCGCUCACAUGAGAACAUGGACGUUUCUCUCAGUGUUUGAUACAUGCUUAUUGUACUGUAGGGUCAAAUGGUAAUGUGAAAAACUGAUCUAACCUCCCCAUGCAUUUCUAUCCUGUCCUUUCUCAGAGCUGUCUAACACUAAAACAAUUUCUACCUGAAGCAGAAAUAAGGUUUUUAUGAUUCUGGAAAGCACAGUCGGGAUUUGUAAACACCUCUUUUUCAAGGUCCCCUAUAAGCUAUCAGUUACAGAAACACUUAAAGAUCAAAUCUUGGACACAGUCUAGUUCUCAUACCUUACUUUAAAUACUCUUCUACAUCUUAUAUUUGUGAAAAAUUCUUGGGAAAGAGUUUAUGUUAACAAAUACUGACUGAAUCGCAAAAAAGCUGAUGAAACAGGAAUAUUAUUUAUCUGUUAAUAUUGAGUGCUGCUACAUGAAGGAAUUACACAGCAGUUUUAAAUACCAUGCACUAGAUUUUCCAGUUGCAGGACAGAUUGGUGUAUUGAUCUGAUAUCUGUCACCAUGUUUCAAUGUUGGUCCUCCUUGCCACCCAGAAUAUAAAACAACCCACAGACUAAAGGGAAAGUUCAGAUAUUUUGAGCUGUGGUUGUAUGAGGUACUUAUCCAUAGUCGGUGUAUUUCCAGCAGUAGGUGGUCGGUUGGCACGCCCCCGGUUUGUGGAAUCGGGGACGAGAAGUUGAGCAAUGUAUGGUUAAGGAUGGCGGCAGCAGCACAACUUUUUUCUUUUCUUUUCAAUCCAAGUAUACGAUAUAUUUAUAAUAUUUUCACUGCCUUACUUACUUCGUCAAACAACUCUUUUUAAGUUAACCGGCGGAUUGAAGCUGUGUCUUUUCUCUCUUUAAAGCCACCAGACUCUUUUGACAAAAUCAGUCAUUUUUCCGUGCAGAACAUGGGAGUUGCUGGUCAACUUCUUUCUUUGUCAGUUAAUUUGUUUCUUGUAUUGUGUCACUUUGGUGUUUUAAAGGGUUAGUUCAGCUUCAUCAAAGGCACAAAAUACGGGUACAAAGUAGCGGUAGACCAGCAACUCCUGUGAACAAAACAGUAAUUUUACUGUGCAAUUUUACACAUGUUUUUGCUACUUCCCCUGUCCACAGCAGUAGACUGCUGCGCUUCCAUGUUGGUUAUCCUGCCUGUUUCUCCAAACUGGAGGCGUGCUGACCACUGUCUAGUGUUGGCAAUACGCUGACUAUGGACAUACAACUAAACUUAAAAUAAACUAUCCCUUUUUAACCUUUUAGUACCUGGGACUUUGUGGACGAAAGGCCAUUUUAUUCUCUUCUCUUAUCAUUAAUAUAGUUGAUUUUGAAAGAUAAGAAAUCUUUUUUGCUGCAUUCAACUAAAUGCAAAGGAGAAACAGUGUUAUUAAUCUGUUGGAUCAAAGAGGGCUGAAAAUAUCAAACCUGUAAUAAAAAAAAAAAAAAGUAGCAGCUAUUCUGGGACUGUGGGACCAGGAGCCAGUUAAUCCUUACACAUCAUCCAAAUGUAACAUCUUGUUGCAACACAGCGUUGGACUGCAGCCCCCGAUGUAACUUUAUUGCACAGGCGUGAGAUGCUGCCUGUUUUUAAGUUUUAAAACAUCAUUAUUGUAAAAGUUCUGUCUAAACUUGUAUCCUGCUGUUUGUAUGUAUUCUUUUAACCAUACUUAUUAAUUGGUAUUCACAAUAAAACCAGGCCAAAUGUACAGAAUAAUAUGAAA